CAGACAAUGCUCUGCUGGAUCACCAGUGGUUUAUCUAAAUGUAGGAGAGCCUGGCUGACUCGGACAGUUGCCUUGUAACAGUUUGGUGAGCACUGAAAGUCUUGGGACUGUUGAAGACAUGACAGAGAACUGGAUAAUUAAGAUUUUAUGCUACUUUGCAGCUCUGAGUGUGGUGAUUCAUGGCAAUGCUGCUAAUGUCACUGAAGAAAAGCUACAGUCAACACCCAUAACAUCAACUAAACCAUUGGGAGUAAUGGAACACAGAAGUGAGAUUGUUGAACUGGACAGGAGUGUUGAUCUGAUGUGCACAAACCAGACCUGGAACAACACGAUAUUUAUUGUCUGGAAGAAAAAGAAAGGAGGGAUAGAGGAGUGUAAUAUAGCAAAGCGUACCAGUGAGCUAGAAGUUAAUUCCUGUAAUGAUGGAAAAAGGAUACAAAACAGACAGAAUGGAACAUUUCUGCACAUCCCUCAUUUUCAGUACAAGGAUGAAGGGAUUUACUACUGUGAGGUAGUUUAUCAGGGAGGCUUGCACGCUUCACAGAUCAACGUGUCUGCUAGAGUUCCACCAAAGAUAAAUUUGGUGUAUGACAUCACCCAGAAGAUGGCCACUUGUACAGCAGCAAACAGUAAACCAGCUGCCAACAUUUCCUGGAUUGGAGUGUCGAACUGGACCGAGAAAACCACCAAGAACCCAGAUCACACGUACACUGUGGAGAGCUCGGCCAGCAUCCCUGACAACACAUCCUUGCAGAGUGUGUCCUGUGUAGUUGAGCACCCAGUUUGGAAGGAGGAUUUACAUAAGACCCUCGGACUACCUCUUGAAAAUCUGGGUUUGUCUUUCUCAUCUUUCCCUCUCACGUGGACGAUCAUUUCUGUAAGCUUAUCCAGCUUAGUAGGUCUUAGUCUUGCAGUGUCCUUCUUUGUGAGAAAUCAUCUGAGCAAAAUCAGAAAUUGCUGCAAAUCCAGCAUUCCUGUGUCAACUCUAAAAAAAAAAAAGGAUCUGCAGAAUGAUGAAACAUAUACUGUGUAUAUAUAACCGACCAAUGCAGUCUUCAGGACAUAAAAUGAAGUGUGGCUUGAUGGAUCAAAUGGGAAUAAAGUGAUAGAUUUCAGGACACACGUGACAAAGACAGAUUCACACUCGCCUUGGAUGCUCAAGUGUUCAUCACUUACACCUGUGUAAUCUCAUUGGUGGCCCUGUCCUGUCAACUUGGGUUUGAGGCCUGAGCCAAACCAAGGAAACAGCAAUCCAGUUCUUGCUCAUUUGUACUCAUUCUUCCUUGUAGGACUCCUGCACAAGUCAGAGUCUGGCAUAUAAACUCAGUAAAUCACUGUUUUAUUAAGCAGCUGUCCUACAAGAAAGAAUGAAUUAAACAAUUAUUAUGUUUAGCUCUUGUUUUCACUUAUUUUCUACACUUCCUUCAGCCCAGAAAUAGUGUAAAUGCACACACCAAAGAAUACUGCAUGACUUCAUUUGUACCCUAUGUCCUUUUUUCCUCAAAAAACUGUUUCACAAAUAACAGCUAAACAGCUUCUCAAAACCAUAUCUCUUGAGACUGUCAACUUCAGGCUCAAGUCCUUCCAUCGCCCCUGCAAGAGACUGAAACAACCAGCAGAGUGAGCUGGAGCUGCUGGCCUUCAUAUCUGAGGCUGUUAUCAAUUAUGUGGUUAGAGCUUUCCUGCCUGAAACUUGCACUUCAUAGCACAACCACAUACUGUUAGAUUCCACCCUGUUAUGCAGUUUGCUUUUUAAUAAAGGUCUUUUCUUUCACUUUUGUGUCUCCUGUACAUCUGCAGUAUAACCAUAGGAGCUUCUUAGACAGGUUGUCAUUGCUAAUGUAAAACUGUUGUCAGCUGAUUUGUCUAGUCAAAUAAAAGGUUUACUUUCCAAAGCCAGUGAGAUCUUUAGUAAAGUAAAAUGAUUUUAAAAUAUUAUUGAUGUUCUGUUUAUACUGUAUGGUAAUUAGUAAAAUCAGGGUACAAGUUAAUUUGUUAUUAACAAUGAAUACAGUACAGUAUUUACCCUUAAGUACCACAUAAAGAAAUGCUCCUUGUUUGCAAAGUUGUCUAGUUACUAAUACAACAUUCACAGGCAUUUCUAACCUCACUCAUGUGAAGUUGUGGACAUUGUUAACUGCAGCAGUGUUUUAUGCUGCUGAAGAUGAGCCUAAUGGCCCUCUGGUAUGUGCAAGUAUUCUGUUCUUAAACCCACAUAAUCUAGGACUGUCUCUGAACAGAAAGUUCUGAAGUUUCAAAUCAUAACCACUUCCUGUUUCCACUAAUUAAGGUGUGAGGUGGUCUAAUCAACUCCCAGAAACUUUGGUUGAACUGUGUAACUCCGGUGUUGUGACCCUGCAGAUUACUGUACAGAGGCAGAAUACCUCAUGUCACUAUUUUCACAGAUGGUCUUACAGAGAGAGGCCAGCGGAGUGUGGUACAGACCAGUUAAAAUUGUGUUUUUUUAUUUAACUGACACAAACCUGCUCUCUGGAUCUCUGCAGUGAAUCCAUUUCUUUUCACUAUUUACAAAAGGAACACAACAAUGUCUUAAUAAUUAAAUAUGGAAGUCAUGGUAAUCUGAAAUAUUUAAAAUCAUUAACAGUUACUUGAAUGCCUUCCCACGUUAGGGAAGUGAUCAGCAGUACUCACUCUUGGUUACAGUAAAGUACCCAAGUACCCACAAAUCAGCACGCGACAGGAACAGUAGAUACCGGGCCUGCAGUUCUGUUCUACCAGAUGCUAGCAAUUACAAUAGGAUUUGUCCAUCUAGUUUAAACCCCCCAAAAAACAUCCACAAUGGAUAAAAAAAAGCAAAUUAACAACCUAGUCUCCACUAACAAGAAAAAUAAAUGCAAUGGAGGACUCAUGACACAGUCACAUCUUUGUCAUGUCCUUGUCAUUUCACCCCCAGAAAAAACGCAACACGCCAUCCUUGAAUAAAGAACACAGAAACACCCCUCCAGGAUUCUCUUCCACACUGUCAUCCACUGUGAUAGUCUCCUGGGGACUUCCUCAACUCACUCCAGCAUCCAGUCUGGAAAAAAAAGUCUGGUGUUAGAUUAGAGUCUAGGGCCCAGUUCCUGGUAUAACCCAUAAAAGCAAGAGAAGUAAUAUCAAACUGUCUGUAGCAAGGGCAGCAGGAACUGAAUUUUCUUGAGUGUGGUGUGGCUAUUAACAUAAUGACCCCUUCUAUUGAUUUGAUUAGGCUGAAAAUGAAAAUACAGAUGUUGUAAUGGAAAUGAGGUUUAUGUAAUUAAAACAGAAAUUAUUCCUCAACUGUGUAAAAACUAACGACCAGUUUUUACAUUAAUUUAUAUGACAAAGAAGAGGUUUGUCAGGGAUUUCUUGAAAACAAUUGUAGUCAUGUAAACAAAAUAUAUAUCUUUUCUAUAUUUCUUUUCUUGUAUUUUGUAUUCUGCCGUUCAGCAUACUAUAAAGUCUUUUAAUGGUUUUACGCUCUACUAUAUAUUGUACCUUGUACAUGUAAUCUACAGUAUCUACAGUUAAUUACCUGGUUUUUAUUUCAGUUAGUUGCAAAGAUCUUGCUAAUUCCAGGAGACAUUUUCUUAACUAUUGUGUUAAAAUAUCAAAAGUGUAUAUUAUGAUUUUGUUCAAAUAAGACAGUAAAUGUGCCACUAGGUGUCGCCAUACAAUAGUUUCCAGCAGAAGAUGUAAGUUCAGUUGGUUGCAUAAGCAAUGUAAAGUUCAGAAUACUUUCAAACAUUAAGAAAUCAACCACAUUGUCAUACUGAACUGUGUAUAGGUCCUACAAUGCUUCAAAACAUAUUUGUAUAGGUAAACAUUCUAAAGCAUUUUCUCAUUAUAUAAACACAUCUAAAAGUAUUUGUUCAGGUGGGUGGCUGCGUCGACAUGCGUAGGCUGCAAAGGAACAAGUAAUAGGUUUAUUCCAGUGCUAGCAUACUUAGUUAAAAGUAUGUGUGACUAGUGAUGUUUAGUAAGACCUUAACCUUUGAUUUGGUAAAUCCCUAAUGGGUGUGUUGAACCACAAAGGAAAUAAACAUAUACAAUAUGCAAUUAUAGUUUAAUUCUUUCAUAAGGCUGCAUUCCACAUUUACACUUUUCUUAGAACUUGAGAUUGCAAUCAACAGAAUGUUUAUUUAGUCAUGUAAAACUGACAUUAUAAGGCGUUCUCUGGUCCUCCCCUUGAAUACAGGUACUUCAGAUGAACAGGAAAUGCAAACAUUAUGAUUCAUUUCUUUAUCAAAUCAUGCACCGGUUGACCUUUCCUCAGCCAUAUAUUUUUGUUGUUGCUGUCGAUGGUAUUGUAACGAAACUAUUUUGGCACAUAAAUGAAAGCCAGCGAUUAUAUUGAGACUGGCACUCGUUAGUUCCUUGUGUCACAGGGUGAAAGAAAUGAGUCUCUGUUUGGGUGACGGAUUGGUAUUUCCUUGUUCUUAAGAUUCGCAUUGAUCAAAGUGCCUUGUGUAGACACUCGUUAAUUACCACACAGUUCAGAGUGGACAUGCGGGAUUGCAAAACAGGUCUGACUGGGCCUCGGACUGUGAAGGAGGCUCUGAAACGGGGUGCAACUACACAAUGCAUCAUUACGCCUGGCCCUCUGUAUACAGCCAGUUGAUCAAUAAGCCCUGAGCAGUUAGCAAUUACAAAGGCUGCUAGGACCCUUCUUCCUUUGCCACAGGUUCUAUGUCCCAGAACCACCAGCGCAUCUUCAUGCCAAUGACAGAUAUUAUUACUGUUUAAGUGCCCUUUUUAUUUUCUAGUGACUACAACAUUCAUCACUACCCCAAAACCACUUCCACAACACAAAAAGUAUCUCAAUGGGGAAACUUUUGAUUCCAGAGGGUCACCAGUUAAUAAAAAAGGCACUUGAAAGUCUGUAUUACUCCAUGCAGCACAAUUAUAUCUAUAUAUUCAAAAACUAACAUUCAUGCUCAGCAGUCUCUGAAGGGAAGAGGAAGAAUAACUGGUCCAAUUGCCCUAGUCUGUGCAGUGGCCAGUGUUACACCACGGAAAACCAGGGAGUGAGGUGGUCCGUCUUGUGUAGAGGAGCUCCCUGGAGGAAGAGAGCACUGCUCUGUUAAAGUCCAGGCUUCUAAUGUCCCCUCCUGUCUGCCCAUUCCCCUCAGUGAGGUUUUGCCACUGUCUCAGUCAGGGGCAGGUGUGUGCAGCUUAUUACAGGGGAAGCUUGAAGAAACAAUGCAGAUGCAGAUUGCCUUUUGUUUGCUCUCCUGCCCCCCUCUGCCCGAGUUGUGAUUCAAACUGGUUCAACACCAGUUUCAACACUUCCAUGUUUAGCUGUGGAAAUUGAGCUAACAUUAUGCUCCUCCAUUCUGGUCAACUACCUCCUGCCCCACCAUCUGCCUUUGAUGACUUUGAUUAGGGGAAGGAGACAAACACACAGGGAAAGGACAAACACCGAUACUGACUGCUGGCAUACUGUGACAUUAACUUUGUGACUUCCCAGAAGUCCAAGCUAAAACUGGUCUGCUACAGCAUAUACAGUAUUCUGACGGAAGAAAUAUGUCUGGACUCUUCUCUGAAGACCAGGUGUAAGUUCACAUAACACCUGAGAGACGAAAGACUAACACAAAUACAGGGGGGUUGAAGGAGAGCAUUUAUAGAAGAAUUGUA